AAAGGAUUCAUUGAGGGGAUCCGCUUGUGGUCGCUUGACAAGAACAAAGUGCUGCUUCAAAGUUUCAAGCCAUCACAUCCGUGAGUAUGUUCCAUAUGCCUGAGGGCACGUAGGAAGCUUGCGUGUCCGUGCCGGAUAUGUGAUCGCGUGCGAAGGGCAGAUGAGUAGGAUAAGCAGAAUCUCAAAGGUUGGUUAUUGCUGGCAAUGGAUUGACACAGCGUCGAUUGUGUGUGGGCCAGAAGAAUUAAUUGCUGUAUACAGGAGACUAGGACAGAGUUUCUGAAAGACGGCAUGAGUAGCAGCAGAAAGUUAAAGAAAAGCGCCUAUCUCGCAGCGAUCAAUACCUUCCGAGUCAUGCAUAGUUCAUGAACUUGUCUGUAACCACUGGCACUUCAACACUGACAUCACUCCUGCUUUUGUAGAUGCGUACGAGGGACCCCAGGCCUCAAGCUCCGCUGUCGCUGUGAUGCGCCUGAUCGGCAUUUAGAUAGGAGGCAAACGAAUAACGCAUUGGUCAACGUUGGCUUGCCCGGGGCAUCUCUGACCGCAACGACCGAUGCUGGACUCCCAUUCACAGCUGCCGCGGCGUUGGCCAUCAAAACAUAUAUAGAGUAAGCGCAGCACUCAUGCAGAUGAUGCCAAUUGCGGCGCACAUGUCGCGAUAACAGCUUACUAUAACGAACGAGAUAAGAGCUGGAUCUCGAUUCUCCGUCUCCUUCCUCCCCUCCUUACCUGCUACGAUGGUGAAGCUCACGACCGCAUUCCUUGCUCUCCUCCCGCUUGUCUACGCCCUGCCGAGCGAUGACAUCUCCAACCGCGGCGAAGAAGCCGUGUUCAUGCACGUCCCGCUCGCCGAUUCUGACGCCUACGCAUCCGGCGAGGUGCACAUGAUGAUGAUGAACCUCGUCGAGGGAUCCUUCGAGCAGAUGAAGGCCGAUCGCGCGAACGGGAAUCUCGCGGCCGGGAUGCACGCGCUCGGAUUCGAGCCCUGUGUCGACGGAUACGCCGGAAGCGAGGAAGGCAACACAUUCGCGUGCAACAAUCUCGACCUCUACUCCUUCACACCUCAUGCCGAGCUCGGCAGUGCGACCGAGUUCGGAAACGAUAUCUGGGGAUGGACGCACGAGGGGCGCGAGUUUGCGCUUGUGGGUCAGACGGAUGGGACGGCGUUCGUCGAGGUUCUCCCAAGCGGCAAGAUCACGUAUCUCGGUCGGCUGGACACGCAGACUUUUAACAGCACAUGGCGCGAUAUCAAGGUUGUUGGGGACCAUGCUUACAUCGGCAGUGAGGCGCUCGGGCACGGUGUGCAGGUGUUCGACUUGACCAAGCUCCUCGAUGCUUCGUUGGUCGCUGCCCCCAAGGUGUUCAGCCUCGAGACUGAUAUGGCUGCCCACUAUGAUUCGCUGCCUCUCGGUGCGUCGCACAAUAUCGUGGCGCACGAGAGCAAGAAUCUUGUCGUCGCUGUUGGCUCUAUUCCGAGAGACGGACCUUGUGCUGCCGGUCUCAUCUUCAUUGAUGUUACCGAGCCCACGAAACCGACCGCUGCAGGAUGCGCCGCAGCUGAUGGUUACGUCCAUGACGCUCAGUGCCUGACCUACUACGGACCGCACACGGAAUACGUCGGAACUGACGUCUGCUACGCGUUCAACGAGGAUUCUUUCACGAUCUACAACAUCACAUCCCCGUUCGCGCCCGAGAUCAUCUCUACGACCCCCUACUACGGCGUCAGCUACUCGCACCAGGGCUGGGUCGUGGACGAGAAGGACCAGUCGUAUCUCCUGCUUGACGACGAGCUGGAUGAGGUGUACCAGCGCGGAUGGGCCAACAACUCGCACACGGUCACCUAUAUCUGGGACAUCAAGGACCUGGCGAAGCCUGUUCUCACCGGCCACUACUCGUCCCCGGUCAAGUCCAUCGACCACAAUCUUUACGUCCACAACGGCUGGGCGUACGAGAGCAACUAUGGAAGCGGUCUGCGCAUUGUGGACGUGAGCAGUGUUGCCAAAGACCCGACCGGCGGUUCGUUCAAGGAGGUCGCGUUCUUCGAUGUGCACCCCGAGGACGACGAUGUCGGAUGAGAGGCGACUUUCGAUGGAUCGUGGAGCGUGUAUCCGUACUUUAUGAGCGGUUACAUCGUCGUCAACUCUAUCGAGCGUGGACUGUUCGUCGUCAAGUACAGCGGUGCCUAGGGGGACAUAUCGUUGUAGUAUCAAAUUUUACAUUGGUAAUGACGAGCGUUGUGUUAAAGUCGAAGGAGCGGCCGGAAGGAGGGAUACGUGGCUGGUCAAAGAACUAGCUCCCUGCACGCACCGGCCACGACUCCCCCAUAGCCCCGGAACACCACCACCCGUCGCGCC